AUGGAAAGAAAAAAAAGAAAAGUAGAAGCUGAAAAUCGACAGUUUCACGCAGAAUGGACUGAUUUAUAUUGCUUUACAUUACCUAACCGUGUUGGAGCUUUACCUGUUUGUUUGAUUUGUCAACAAACAGUAGCCAUCAUCAAAAGUUCAAAUCUGAAAAGACAUUAUGAGACUAAACACAAAUCGUUUAGUGAAAAGUACCAGGUAGGAAGUAAUCUUCGUAAAUCCAAAAUUGAGAGUUUAUAUUUAUCUUAUUCAACAUCGACUCAAAUUAUUGACAAGGCAAUGAGUGAACAAGAAAAAUGUACAGAGGCUUCUAUGCGUAUUUCAUGGAUACUUGCUAAACACAUGAAACCGUUUACCGAUGCUGAUAUAAUCAAAGAAUGUAUGAUUGAAGCUGGAAAUGCGUUAUUUGAUAGUAAAAAUGAUAUUAUGGAGACUAUUCGUAAUAUUCCGUUAUCUACGUCUUCAAAUACUCGAAAUACAGAACUAUUAGCAAAGGAGAAUCAUUCUAAUUUAAUACAAUCUUUAUCGGCCACGGGUUAUUAUGCUUUAGCUAUGGAUGAAUCGUGUGAUAAGACUGAUACAGCUCAGUUGUGUAUUUUUGUACGAUAUUUCGACAAUACCAGUGAACAGUUUGUUGAAGAAAUAUUAACUAUUUUACCACUUUUAGGGACCACUUGUGGUGAAGACAUAUUAUAUAAAGCUGUUAUAGAAUAUUUCGAAAAAUAUAAAUUAGAUAUGAAAAAACUUAUUUCAUUAACAACAGACGGCGCGCCAUCGAUGAUUGGAAAUAAAAAAGGUUUGUUCAGAGACUAA